ACACGAAGGGAGAGACACGAAGAAAGAAAGGGCAAGAGCCACAAAACCCUCCACAUCCACAAGACCACAACCCCCUUUUCUGUACACCUCCCAUACAUUUUCUCUCUCAUCCCUCAACAAUGGCGGCUGCUCGCAGUGCAAUUUUGAAGUACAUGAGAGUACCUGUAACAAGGUCUCUCUCUCAAAACCCUUACACUCCAUUUUCGAUUUCAUCUUCCUUCAACUCUCUCUUAUCUCGCCGCCAUUUUUCCGACGAGGUUCGAGCUUCCUUCCUCGACAAAUCCGAGGUCACUGAUCGUGUCAUCUGCGUCGUUAAGAACUUCCAGAAAGUCGAUCCUUCUAAGGUUAAUCCUAAUGCACACUUCCAGAAUGAUCUUGGGCUUGAUAGUUUGGAUACUGUUGAAAUUGUGAUGGCACUUGAAGAAGAAUUUCGUUUUGAAAUUGGAGACAAUGAAGCAGACAAGAUCAACUCUAUUAAUAUGGCAGUUGAUUUUAUUGCAUCUCACCCUCAUGCAAAGUAGAUGGGGGAAGUUAGAAGCCCCUCUUUCUCCGUUCUCUGGUUUCUUAUGGAUAUUGCUUUAGAAGAUAACUUAGGGUUGUUCAUUUUUCACCUUUAGACUCUAUUUCAUGAUCUGAUCAUUACCCUCUCGAAAUAGAGGUGGUCUUCCCCCCUCCCCCGUAUUCAAUUACUUUGUUGUUGCAUCAUGUGGGUGUGAUUCUUGUUUUGAAAACCAUUUUUGCGCGGGCAGUGUUACGAUGGUAUCAUUCUGCCAAGGAGUUAGAAUAAUUACUGUACAUCUUGAACAAGAUGAGAAUUGACACUUGAAUCGUGUUAUUUCGUCGUGACAGGAUUUAUUAUGUUUAA